AUGGCCUUUCUCAGCAGUUUCAUCAUUGCCCUUACCUUGAAAGUAUCGAUUACUGGCGCAGUUCCGACACCCAGAGAUGCACCGCAAUACUCCAUAGACUGGCAACCUUGCGCAGAGAAUGCUACCGAGAAUCCAGCCUCUCUCGACUGCGGUCAUCUUGAAGUCCCUAUGGAUUGGAACAACCCAGAUGGAACCAAGAUCCGUCUUGCUGUGUCACGUGUAAAGACAAACAGUACCAACAAGCUUGGGAGCCUCUUUUUCAAUCCUGGUGGGCCUGGCGGGCCUGCGCUUCCGCUGUGUGUAAGCCUUGCCGUCGAAGGCGACAUUGCUUUCAACGAGAUCAUGAAACACUACGACAUAGUCUGUCCAGAUCCCCGAGGCGUAGGUUACAGCACGCCAGUCAAGUGCGAUGCUGAUCUCUGGGCCUCCACGCCCUCCUAUUUUGUCAACAGUGAGGAAGAAUGGCAACAAGUUCAGGACUUCAACAAGGCAUUGGGCGAGUCAUGUCUCAAUCUGACCGGGCCAAUGAUGGGAUUUGUGGACACCGCGUCUGCUGCAAAGGAUCUUGACGCUCUGCGUGCAGCGGUCGGAGACAAGAAAUUCAAUUAUCUUGGAUUUUCGUAUGGAACUCAACUAGGGGCUCGUUAUGCGGAACUUUUCCCUGGAAACAUCGGGCGUAUGGUACUUGAUGGAGGUGUCGAUCCGUCCUUAGAUGAGCUAGAUUCUUUCAUCCAGGGUAAUUGGGCGAUGGAUAAUGAGCUCUCCAGGUUUUUCGAGUGGUGCGAUUUCGAUUCCACUUGCGCCCUUCACGGCUCAAACGACUCUAUCGCCAUUUGGGAUGCCUUGAUCGCUCGAGCCAAUCAAAAGCCAAUACCAGCACCCGGGUGUGAUGCCAACUCGACUGGUCAACGUGCAGGUGAAUGCAAACCCGAAGUGACGGGCUAUGAACUGAUAUUUGAACUGGAAAAUCAUUUCCAAUCUCCUGACAAUUGGCCAUCCAUCUCCGAGUGGAUCAAGGAAGCCGAUGAGGGUAACGCUACCUCCUUAUCACUUGGUUUGGGGAGUAUGGACUAUGCGAACCUAGCAAUUGGAUGCUUGGAUAAUCCGGUCGAGUCGAGGACUUAUGAAGAGCAUGUGGCCUUGCAAAAUCUAGGGUCCGCCAUGUUCCCCCAUGCUUUAGGUAGCAGUAUGCAGUUACAGUUUGCCACCACCUGCAUCGGAUGGCCUUUCAACGCCACAAACCCACCACAUCACUUCAACUCGACUGCAGGGGACAAACUUGCACCGAUAUUGAUUGUGAAUGCAGAACAUGAUCCUGCAACUGGUAUUUCCGAAGCCUUGGGGCUUCAUAGGCAGAUUCCAAACUCGGUUUUCUUGACCAGGACUGGCGAUGGUCAUACCAGUUUAUAA